AAGUGGCGCACAUUUUGACAAAGCACAAGAAGCCAUACACCGAUGGCGGGAUGGUGAAGGAAGCAAUGACAGCGGUGGCCGACACAUUAUUCAAGGACCAUAAAAGUAAGACUGAAAUCAUGUCCGCUAUCGCUGAUGUACAGCUUGGCGCAAACACAGUGGCACGGCGAGUGUCUGCGCUCUCUGCCGAUGCAGUGGGUCAGUUGGAGCGGGACAUGAUUAAAUGCAAAUGGUUUUCAAUUCAAUGUGACGAGUCGGUGGAUGCGGCUGAUACCGCUCAGAUGGCUGUGUUUGUCCGGAUGGUUUUCGAAGACGCUUCCACCAGAGAGGAGUUUUUGACGUUGCUUCCACUAAAAACCACAACCAGAGGAGUCGAUAUUUACAACGUUGUGAAAAAGUACUUCGUUGAAAAUAACGUGCCUAUUGAAAAGCUGGUGUCUAUUACAACAGACGGCGCACCAGCUAUGACAGGACGCCACUCAGGAUUUAUUGCACUGUGCAAGGCCGACCCGGACUUUCCUAAAAUUGUGAACUAUCACUGCAUCAUUCACCAGCAGGCUAUAUGCGCCAAAGUCAUGAGAUUUGAUCAUGUGAUGGCACCUGUCAUUAAGAUCAUCAACUCCAUUCGCGCAAAGGCCAAGCAGCACAGAAGCUUCAAACUGCUCCUCCAGGAACUGUCUGCUGAACACAGUGAUCUCCUUCUCCACACUGAGGUGAGGUGGCUGAGCCGAGGAAAAAUACUGCAUCGCUUCUGCUCAUUGCUGAACGAAAUCAAGGCUUUCAUGGAGUCAAGAGAGGAGGACACUACACUUUUGUCUGAUGCUGAGUGGCUGCUUGAUCUUGCGUUCCUGACAGACAUGACAGAGAAACUCAAUCAGCUCAACACCCAGUUACAAGGUAAAGACAGAACAAUUUCUGACAUGAUCAGUGCUGUUAAGGCUUUUAAAGCAAAACUGUCAUUCUACCUCCAGCAACUGAAAAACAAAAGACUGCAACACUUCCCAACAGUAGUUAAGAUGUUAGAUAGCCAUGCAGGGGCUGACUUUGUUUUGGAUGUCAAUAAAUAUUGUGACCUCAUGUCAAAGCUAGGCCAGGAGUUUGAGGAUAGGUUCAAUGAUUUUGAUAAGCUGGAGCCAUGUGUGGCAUUCAUUGCCAACCCAUUCAUGGAGGUAGACAUCACAGAGAUUUCAGAAAAGAUGGCUGAACUGUUCACUGUCAAUCCUGUGGAGAUGGAGAUGGAGGUUAUAAAUCUCCAGAAUCAUGUUCAGCUUAAGUCUCAGCAACACUCACAACAUUUCUGGAGCCUUGUAGACCCAGAAAACUACAAGAACAUUCACCAAGCAGCACUUAAAAUUUCUGCUUUAUUUGGUUCGACAUACCUUUGUGAAGCUGCUUUUUCUGACAUGAAUGUCAUCAAAUCUAAAUUCAGAACAAGACUGACAGAUGAACAUUUAAAUGACUGUAUUAGAGUGAACCUGAGUGCAUACACUCCAGCAUACACCUCUUUGGUGGACUCCAUGCAGUGCCAGUCAUCUCACUAAGUUUUAAAAAGAGUGAGUGUACUAAUGUUUUCUUGGACCUUUGAUGUUGGGUUAUUAAGUUAUUGUAUUAGAGUUGAGUUAUUUUUGAUAAGCAUUGUGUAUUGCAAUUUCACACGUGUACAAACAGAAGCUUAAGUCAGUUGAUUAAUAAAUAUGUGCGAUGUGAUGCAAGUAGCUCUUGGCCACUUAAUUUUUUUCUAAGUA